ACUUCUGUCUGAAACUUCGAAAUUGUGUUUCGCAGAACGAAUUGCUGGGUCAGUCCCUGUACAAUUUUGUCUAUCCCGAGGACCAUGACGAACUCACGCGUAAUCUCACGCCCGACGGGAUGCAGCCGAUGUCGGCGCCAUCGCCGACGGGCAUCGCGCAAGUGUCCGAGUUGGCGCACGACAACAAUUCCAGCUCCUCCGAGGACUCCUCGACGACGAAUCAUCGGACAAAUGAGAGGACCAAGCUCUUUCGCGAGCAGAGGCGGAACUUCAAGAUCCGUAUGGCGCAACGCACUAACUCCAGGCGCGACCAUACGCAAUACGAGUGUUUCGACGUCUCGGGCCUCCUCCGGCUCGCGGCGGCGUGCAAAAAUGUGGACGGCAACGGGAACAGAGGGAAGCAUCGGGAGACGACGGGCACCAGCAACGACAUCGUUUUCGCUGGCAUAGCGACCCUGCCAAAGAAACGGCCCAUCACCGAAUUGUCGAUAAUGGACGCCAAUAAAGACGAGUAUGUGACGCGGCAUCUGGUCGACGGGCGUAUCAUCUACUGCGAUCACAGGAUAUCCGUCGUUGCCGGGUACAUGUCGGAGGAGGUAUCGGGCCUGAAUGCGUUUGCUUUCAUGCACAAGGACGACUUCAGGUGGACGAUGAUUGGCCUACGGCAAAUGUACGACCGUGCCGAAACGUGUGGUAUGUCGUGCUACAGGUUGGUCACAAAGACCGGCGAAUUCAUCUACUUACGGACUCACGGUUAUUUGGAAUACGACAAGGACACGCAAACAGUGGAAUCCUUCGUUUGCGUCAAUACCUUAGUGUCGGAAGAGGAAGGUAUCCAACUAAUAAAAGAAAUGAAAAGAAGAUACUCUGCAACUGUAUCUGCAAGUAGUAGAGGUCUAAUUCGGAAUGUCGACAUUAACUUAUCGAUAGAAAUGAAUCCAACUUCUCAAUCAUCAAAUCCGAGAUGCAGCCUCGAAGACGCAUCACAGUUGGAAGAUGCUAUCACUCAUCUAAUCAGCGAUCUACCCUCGCCGGCUGUAUCGGAAGACCGUUUCUCUCCUUCGCCGAUGCCACACACGCAAUAUGUGAAGGCCGCUAUAUUUUCUUCUCGUAUGCCCCCAGCUUCCGCGCAAGCCAUCAAGAUUGGUAUCAAUAAAAUCGACCGCCGCGUCGUUAUCCAAGGCAAAGGCAAAGUAUCUUCGAAACAAGAAUCCAAACAUACAGAAAAAGUUAUUAAUCCAACUAACGGGGGGGAGCAAAGCCUAAUAUCGGAUUCGGAAAGUGCAAUAUCAUCCGGCAAGUCUUUGUCAAUGCUCAGAAUGAAUGGUACUCACAACAACCAUAGCAACAUUCAAAGCUCCGACAUGUCUGUACAAUCGAAAAUUGUAGCUCCUCGCAAGCCUAAUAAAAGUCCUCGCGCGCCUCGCAAUCAUACGUCAUGUUUGGACGUUUCUCAAGGUACAAACGUCGUCUUGAACGCGCAGGAAAGAAUAGAUCAGUGCAAUGCAGAUAUAUUGCCGGCAAGCACUGUAGGCAAUAUCAAAGAGGAACGCAGCAUCGAAGAGACAUUUAAUUGUCUAGAAAAACAGGAGACGGCAAUGCAAUACUUUGAUGACAGCGCGAGUGAUAGUUCCAUCGUCUCACCGGGGAUGGAGAUGCACAAUCGAUUGAAGAGGAUAUGUAGCGAUGAAGAUGUUCUGACGAUGCAUAGUAAGAAGAGAUCCAACGACGUAUAUGCAUUGACGAAUAUGAACAACGAACAGCAACGCUUGUCUUAUGUAAAAUGCAGAUCGUUUGCUACUGAAUAUCCAACAUUUCCAGACGAGUUUAAUCAAUACAAUGACAUUUCGCAAUCGCUGACGAUGGCGGAAUCACCUAAUUCAAGUCUACAUGAAGUUGGAACCGACUAUCAAUUAGAUCCUACCGUGCCAUUGAUCAUAAAUCACGAUGUUGAGGAUGAUACUUUACUAAGUACGGAAUUGGAUGCAAAUCCAGAACUUAUGAUGAAGAUAUUUGACGGUUUGCGUAAUAGAUCUACAAGCUUUGAAAACUUUGACGAAGCAAAAAUGCAACAACUAGCAUCUGAUGAUCAAGUGAUCAAUGACGAGUUAAAUCGCACGUAUUAUCAACUAGCAGAUAGCAUGGCAUUGCGCGAAUCCCAAAUCAAUGUAUUGGCACGUGAUCUCAAAAAUCCAGUUCUCCGUGCCCAGAGAGAGAACUUGUCACAAUUACAGGCUGAGCAUAACAGGCAAAAACAAAUGCUUAAAACUUUACAACAGGAUCACCGUAAAAUGCAAGUGAACGCCAAGCACAAACUUGGAAUCUGA